AUGCUGAGGAGGGCAAGGAAGACCCAACCUUACACCCAGGCCCCGGAUGGGUGGGGAUGGAUGACUGUGCGUCACUUCCUACUGAUCAACGUGUUUGUGUUGGGGAUGAUCAAGACAUCUGCGAUCUUCUUUGUGGUUUUUCAAGAAGAAUUUGAAGGUACCUCAGAGCAAACUGGUUGGAUUGGCUCUUUCAUGUCAUCACUCAGUUUUUCUGCAGGUCCUCUGGUUGCUAUUAUCUGUGACAUAUAUGGAGAGAAAAACACAUCCAUUCUUGGGGCUUUUCUUAUUUCUGGUGGAUAUCUGAUCAGCAGCUGGGCUACAAGCAUUGCCUUUCUUUGUGUGACUAUGGGAUUUUUACUUGGUUUGGGUUCCGCUUUCUCAUACCAAGCAUCAAUGGUGGUAAUUAGCAAAUACUUCAAAAAACGAUUAGCACUUUCUACAGCUAUUGGCCAUUCAGGGAUAGGACUGACAUUUCUCUUUGCACCUUUUACAAAAGUCCAGGUAGAUCUAUAUGCCUGGACAGGUGCCCUUAUGUUACUUGGCGCUAUCACACUGAAUUUGGUGCCUUCGAGGCCGAGUAUGCUUUUGAGACCCAUCCGCAUCACAAACAAGAGCAAUUCUGAUAGGAAAGAUAAAGGUAGCAGUCUGGUUGCAAGUGGUCCAGAGGCAGGGUGUGGGACAGACACACCACACUGCAAGAGUUUAAUAGACUAGCAAAAUCAAAAUGAAGAGGUCAACAAUAGGCCAAACAGGAAACUGUUCCUAAUAACUAAUGAAGCAAGUUCUGAGCAAAAGGUUAUUUGGUGGAGCUGUAAACAAACCCUCUGUGGUAUUUCUCUUUUAAAGAAUCCUUUCUUCUGCAUAUUUACCUGGUCUCUUCUCUUCGGUCAGUGGGCAUAUUUUAUCCCUACCUCCCACCUGGUAGCCAGAGCCAAAACACUGGGGAUUGACAUGAUGGAUGCCUCCUACCUCAUUUCCUUAGCUGGCAUCACUGAGGCUGUCAGCCUGAUCCUCUCUGGAUGGAUUGCUGAUCAAAACUGGACCAAAAAGUAUCAGUACCUCAAGUCUUACCAGGUCCUCUGCGGCAUCACCAAUCUGCUCGCUCCUUUAGCCACAUUCCCACUACUUCUGACCUACACUAUCUUCUUUGCCAUGUUCUCUGGUGGUUAACUGGCAUUGGUACUUCCUGUACUGGUUGAUCUAUCUGGAAAUUGUAUAGUACACAGAUUUAUGAGACUUGCCAAUUUCUUUGUUGGGAUAGCUGUCCUUUCUGGGCCACCUAUAGCAAGCUGGUUAUAUGAUUACACUCAGACCUACAAUGGCUCCUUCUACUUCUCUGGCACAUGCUAUCUCCUCUCUUCAGUUUCCCUUUUCUUUGUACCACUGGCUGAGAUGGAAAAGCAGAGUCGGACCAGAAGGAGAGAGGACUACAAUCAAGUGUGA